GCCCCUACACACCCAUAUUAAAAUUAGGGAAAAUUGGAAAUAUGGAAUAAAAAGACAAGUAGAUUGUCCCUUUGCCAUAAUAUGAAUUAUAAGUUGUCCUAAUGUCAUAAUGUUUUCUGUAAACCCAAUUAAACCCCUAAUCUAAUCUUUUAAACGUUUUUGUUAAUUUAAUUAUGUUAAAAAAAUAUUAUUAUUAUUUUUAAUUAAUUUAAUUAUUAAAAAAAAAAUACAAAAGGGGAAAAUCGACCAAAAUUUCCCCCAAGCUCGACGAACCCUAAUUGCUCUCUCCUCCUUUGGCGACAGAGAGAAAGGACGAUUUGAAGGGGAUCUCGCCGUCGCCGGUGUCGUUUUGGCCGGUAAUACUCCGCCGGUGUUCUUCUUCUUCUUAAUCGAAGUCUCAGAGACCUCGUCUCACUUCGCGACUCGUUCUCAAUUAAGUCGCCGAAGACCGCUGAAGCUCGUACCUCGCCGAUAACUGAACUCGUGCCUCACCGCUCCGCUCUCACUCUCUCAGCCAUAGUUUCAAGCAAACCAAUCGAUUCUCCUCAGGUAUGACAAUUGAUCAGUUGCCUAAAUGCUUAUUCAAAGAGGGAACUGAAACACAAGUUGAGAAGGUCAACAACAGUUGUCGAACUUCCAUACUUGCGAAGGUGGCGAAGUACUGUCCAGACGAGUACAAAGAAGUGUCGGAGGAUCCGCUAUUUGCUCAGAUUGUGGCCAUUCAUGUACACAAGCUUCAGUUUUCGGCAAGAGCGAUCCACACCUUCGUUUGCAAGCAGCUUCUGUCCGCAAAGCGUUAUGAGUUGUGGUUCCAUUAUGCUAGGAGGCCUCUCAGAUUUUCAAUGCAAGAAUUCUAUGCCAUCACAGGUUUGAAAUACAAAGACGAGCCCGACUUGGAGAUUGAUGACUGGGCAUAUGAUGGAGGGUUUUGGAGUAAGUUGCUAAGGAGACAGAAAAAUAUUUCGGUUCAGCAAAUCAGGAAGGUUCAUGUGAAGUUGUGUAAUACAUGGUCUCGUGUUGAUAGGCUGCGGUUGGUCUAUUUGUGUGUGAUUGCUGGUAUUCUUAUGGCGAAGGAUGAGAAGGUGUGGAUCCCAUACAAGUACAUCAAGCUCGUGAUGAACUUCGAGAAGAUGAGGAAAUAUCCGUGGGGUCUUCACUCUUUUGAUAUGCUGGUGAGUUCCAUUAUCAACGCUAGGGAUAAAGUGAAGACGCAAAACAGUUAUGUCGUAGAUGGAUUCUCGUAUGCACUUCAGAUUUGGUUGAUGGAAGCUGUUCCGGACAUUGGGUCUCUUUUGGGUCAGAAACUGAGAGAAGGCGUGACUACCAUGAGGUGCAGGAAUUGGAAAGGAUCUGCUAAGAUUUCCUAUGAGGAUAUUAUUACCAUAGAGUCUAAUUUUGCUUCCACCGGAGAUGUGUUUCCAUCCAUUUCUACAUCUGGAAAUUUCAAAGACGUGAUUACUGAUGCCGAGUUUGUUCGAGCCUGUGAGAUGAAGGAUGAAAGAGUUGAUCUAAUCAUUGACAUGCAGCGAAACAAGUAUGACUGGAGUAAGCAUGUUUGGGCUUAUAAGGAAACAGUGAAACCAUUUCAGUACAGUUCUGAGGAAGAUGGUUCAGAUGAGGAAGCGGCUGUAGAGACAAGUGAAACUGAAAUUGAAGAAGAAAUAGAAAGCACCCGUGUGUCUCCUACUAAGAAGAGGAAGAACAGGUUUCGGGAUACUGGUGCGGAGUCGAGGAAGAAGAGGUUACUUUGCCAAAGAUCAACCGAGAAAUAUAGAGAUCUUGAAGAGGAAAUGAAGUCCUAUAUCCAGAGUAUGUUUAACUCUUCUUUUACUGCCUUAGGCCUCGAGGUACGCGAGAUUAUUGAAGACCGCUUUACCAAAUUAGAGGAGAAGAUCCUUUCAUCUCAGACUCAGGGUGGUGCGCCUGCUAAUACUCAGACUCGUGGUACUGAUCCGUUUUGGACUCCUUCUGCUGCUGCUGCUGCUGCCACUGCUCCGGCUUCGGUUUCUGGUCGUCCUCCUGCUCCUACUCGGGCUUCUACCGAAGCUCCUGCAUCAGUUUCUACUCGUGGUCUUGCUCCUUCUCGCAGUGCGGCUUCUGCUCCUUAUCGCAGUCGAGCUUCUGCGACUGCUCACAAUGGUGGGCCUGCGAAUGCUGCGAAGACAAGGUCUCAGACAAAGGUAAACAAGAAGUAGAUCAUUUUUCAUGUCUUCGGUUGCUGUUAUAUUUUCAUGUCUUUGGUUGCUUUUCUUUUUCAUGUACUCGGUUUGCGGUUUGUAAUAUUAUUUUAAGGAUGAUGUUGUCUUUGCUGUGUGUAAUAAUUAUGUAAGGAUGAUGUUUUGGAUGGAAUCUUUCUUUUAAAAAUAUUAAUGUCAUGUUUUGUGUUUUAUAACCAGGAUGCAGAUUUGUCUGAUGUGUUUGGCAGCUUAUUUAGCACCUUAGAUGUGAAUAUAGGGACCCAAGAGUACUUACAGAAGACAAUGGGUAACCUUACACAAGAGUCAAAUGUUGACGGUUUUGAUCCAUCUCAAGACAAGCAGUCCGAAGGACCUUCUGAUUUCACUACGCCAAUGACUUCGUUUCGGCCACAGAUCUUCAAAACACCAUUCUUGGUUGAUAGUGAUGAUAUAGAAGUUCGUUGCAAAGCGAAAGACUACGAGCUAGUUUUCCUUCCAGAAGAGAAAUGGGCCAAACUAACUGAAUGGACAUUGAAUCCCACGUAAGUUAUUUGAAUUGUUUUAUUUAUUUUUCCUCAAAUCUACCUCUUCACUAACAUCACAGCAAUGCUUUCUUUUUACAGAGUACUUCAGAUUGGGCCAUCUACAUUUGAUGCAGAGUUAGCCUCGCGGAUUAUUGGGCCUAAUAUUUGGUUGAAGAACUUUGUGAGUUUAGCUCUGAAAUAUUUUGCAGAUUGCUUUUUGUUGUUGGUUCUCAUUCCUAAACAAAAUUGUAUUGUCUUUUUCAGGACAUGGACGCCAUGAUGUAUUUGUUUCGGGAGAAAACCACAUUGCGUCGGUGGAGUCCAGACCGAGUCGCAUUUUUGAACUGUAUGUUCAGUAAUCAGAUUAUCACGGCCUAUGGGAAGUUUGAUGGAAACAGGAGAGGGUACAAAAUCGACGACAAUUUUCUCGAGUAUGGAAGAGGCGAGCUUCCAUAUCAUGGAAGCACAGGUUCAGUAUGGAGCGUUGAUGUCGAUCGUCUCUACAUCCCUAUAUGUGUUAACCAAAUCCACUGGAUCUCUAUUUGCGUCAAUCUUGUGAACCGGACAAUUGAUGUCUUCGAUUGUGGGGGUAAGAAGAACAACAGGGUCAUCGAAGCUUUUGCCGUCCUCAUUCCACGAAUCGUCAAGGCAGUCCAGUCGCCAGAGAGGAAGAAAGAUUUCAAUGUGAAACAGUAUACUGUUUCAUAUGUCCCCAUGCGCGGCCUAAACAUGAGUGGUAAUGAUUGUGGUGCUUAUUCAUUGAAGUUCAUAGAGUGCCAUCUACUUGGAUUAGAUUUCUCAUUGGUGAACGACGAGAACAUCAAAGAAGCCCGACACAAGAUAGCUUUUGAUCUUUGGGAAGCAGCAAAUGAUGCGGUCUUGCAAUCUCGGAUGUCUACAUUUAAGCCUCCAAAACGUGCUCCGGUGAAACCUGUUGACCUCGGUUGACUUCAUGAUUUUUAGCUUGAUCCUCUUAGAUUUCAAGUUUGUUUCUUCUUUGGGUUUAAGACAUGGUUAAUUGAUUCUUACAUUACUCUUAUUGUUAUGGAAUUAUUGGUUUUUCUACUAUUUUACUGUUUCAUGAAUUACUUUAAGGAAAUAAAUCACAUAGGGUGUCAUUAUAUACUCUAAACCCUAAAAUACCGUAAACCCUAAAUCAGCUCCGAUUCAUACUCUAGAACCUAAAGUAACUUUGAUUCAUACCCUAAACCGUUUAUUAGCUAUGAUUCAUACACUAAACCGUUUAUUAGCUAUGAUUCAUACCCUAAAUCCUACAUUAACUAUGAUUCAUACCCUACACCCUAAAUUAGCUUGAAGUUAUAUCAAAAACUUUAGUAUAGAUAGGUUUCAAAUACAAUACCCUAAAUCACAUAAAGAAAGAAAAAUAAUUUUUUGUUUUAAAAAAUAAAAAUUAAGUAUAUUCAAAAGACGAUUUUAAGUUGGAGUUAUAGAAAUUCGUAUUUUCAAAAUUUGUCUUCUUACAAUUGUCAAAUGUCGAUUUUUGUGUAUUAGGGUGUAGUAUUUUACCAGUCAAUAUAAGGGUUAUAGAGUAUUAACCGUUUAUGGUUUAUACCCAGUAGGCCCACCCGAAAGUUAUUAAAACCCGACCCUGAACCCGGAUCCACACACCCCCAAAGACGUGAUUUUCUUUUCAGUUGUCGAAACCUAAGAAAAUAAAUUUGAGAGAAAAGGGGAUUAGGGUUCUUUGUCUGCGAUUCCUGUGAGCCUCGAAACGAAUUAACAAUGACCAGUUCGACGACUUCUUCUGCUCGUUUUCCUCGCAUCUCUAAUCAUGGUGUGCCCACAAGAUGUUGGUGUGGCGAGGGUAUAACCACUUUUGGUUCAUCGACGGCGGAGAAUAGGUAUCGACGAUUCUACAGAUGUCAAAUCGCAAGAGAUGUAAGUCCAUGUUUCAAUUUUGUGUUCCACAUAACACCAUACUGACUGAUUUUUGGUUUCUUUUGCUAUAGAGAAAAACUGAGAAUCAUCUAUUUAAAUGGAUUGAUGAAGCUUUGAUUGACGAGAUACGGAUGGUAGAUGCGAAACAUGAGAGAGUUGCUCAAGAGAUUACAAAGUUUGAAGAAAGGGUUAUGGAAAAAGUGAAGUCCGAAAUUGUUAGAGUUGAAGCUGAGAUGUCAGAAAAGUUCAAAGAGAAGGUGAACUUGGAGAUUGCUAGAGUUGCACAGGAUAUGAAACAGAAGCUAAAGAUUACGACGGUUGCUAUGGUUGUUGUGGGAGCAAUCGUGGGAAUAUGGACUUCUCUUACUGUCUGAUCAAGUUUCAGUGAUUGGUUGCUUGUCGUUUGAGUUUGAUGGGUUCAAAAUAGCUUAAGAUUGCAUUAUUGUUUUCAUUAUGAUCGCCUAUAAUACACUUGAUGGCUUCUUGUUGACUCUCGGUUGCUGACUAUUAUCAGCUUCAGUUCACAAUCUAAUACUUUUCUUCUCCUUCAUGUUGUUUCAAAGCUAGUAGCUUCAGUUCACAAUUUUCUUCUCCUUCAUGUUGUUCACGAAGCUAGUAAAAAUACAAGAGAGAUAACACGAUGUCUAAUAUCCAUAACCAAGAACAAAAAAAUCCAAA